AGAGCAACGUCCACCAUGGUCCGGUGCUGGUGGCUCGCCGGGCUGCUCGUAGGUAGGUGGCAUCCCUCAGAGCGGUGGGGGGUGGGAGAGGGUGGUGGGGAGCUGCCCGCCGCCUCCCUCCCCGGCGGCAGCAGGGAGCUGGCGGGGAAGUCGCGAGACGGGACGGGCUGCAGCGCGGGGUGCCCCGCCGCACAGCACGAAGGCGCCCGGCGUUGCCGCGCUUCCCGCCCCGCUGCACUCCGGGGGGUGGUUCCGUGCCUGUGGGUUUUCCGAUCUCCGGCACCUGCCCGGUAAAGGAGCGCUGCAGAAGCGGUCUCCCCCGGCACACAGCUGUGGGACCCUCAGGGCGGCACGGGCUGCGUCUUUGCGGCCGCCUUUCAGAAGGGCUUUGCUCAAGCCCGCAGUUCUCGGGGCGGUUUCAGAAGUAAAGGUUCUGGCUGAAGAGACCGUGUGGGAGAACAAAGACAACUGAGCGGUGAAAAAGGCAAAAUGAUUUCUGAUGGUGACAGAGGGCAGGACCUGGGGAAGGCUUCCCCAUCCUCGCACAGAGGUUGCCCUGGGAAAUGGUUGGGAGACCCUUGAUUGGAGCUGCGUGCCCCUGAACAGGUGAAAGGAAGGGGGGAGCGUUCCCCCAUGCCCCUGUGCAGAAGCUGGGUUUCCUUUCUUUCAAUUCUUUUCUGCCGCUUAGUUUGCUCAUCUGAGUCUCUGGGCAGCCAAAUAUCACACUGACUGCCUGUGAAACUCUGGGCUUCCUUUGGUGACCAUUGCAGAGGAAUUGUGUAGUGACAGCUGUUGGAAAUUAUUUGCACUGAGAGUAACGGACCAGACUACAGAAGGUCUCUAAGCAUGGUACUAUAUGGUAACAUAGGGUUACUUGUCUGUUCCCUUAUCUGGGAUCUUUGUCAUACGUGGUUCCCCAGAUAUAAGAUUCCACAGGUUGAGAAAUACAUAUUCUGCCUCUAGAGAUUUCAUUAGCUCCAGUUGCUCUGCUCAGAGAUCUGCUAUACUGCAUUAUGUAAGAUUACUCAUGUAAGUCUAGUUAGAAUACUACUUUCUUAGAUCGUCCUGCGGUUUUAGUCCAAUCAAAUUAAAAUUCAGUGCUUUUCCAUCUAAUGUCAGUGACAUAGUUUCCACUGAUUUCAGUAAGAACAGAAGUUGGACCCUAAAAGAUGUGUUUAAAUAGCUAAGUUGGAUCCAGAACUCAUUAAAACCAAAGCGAGCUUUGCCAGAGAUUUCAGUGUGUGUGAGACUGGCAUUGGGAAUUUUGCAUGAAACUGAACAUCAGCGUGACACCAGUGCAUAAUUAGUUGAAAAAAUACCUUAGUUAGGUAACUGGACCUGAGCUGGGAGUUUCUUCCAGCAAAGAAUCACUCAUUCUUAGAAAUGUCCCAAGAGACUUGCUAAGUUUUUACCUAAGCUUUCAUGAAAGUCUUUACAUUCCAAUAACACGACACCGAUAUUUUUCAUGUGUAGCUUCUCCUACAUGGUUUUAACACUUUCAGAGUUUAUUUUUAAGUUAGAAAAUGACUGUGUUGGGGUAAGAUAAGAUCAGCCGUUGCAUUCAGUUGCAAGAAUAGGAAGAGAAUCCUCUAAAUGGUAGCACUGAAUUAAAUAUACAUGCGUGCAUAUAUAUUACAUGCGCAUAUAUGUAUAUAUAUGCUAUUAAAUUAACAUCAUUGUCUUUGGUUCAAAUGUUUGAUUUGGGUGAUAUUUACUUUACUAAUUUAACUCUUCCAAGUUGGCAUUUUUUUUCUUCUCCAGUUCUUGAGUUGGCCAAAAAAUCAACAACUAAUGUAUUAUUCUGGGUUGUGUGAUUUGACUCUAUUUGUUCUUCCAUAAUUAUAGCUUAGCCAUGUUCAAAGUAUGUGGAUACAGAUAAAAACAAGGCUGAGAUGUGAAAAAAGCACAAGUGAAAAAAAAUAUCGUGUGGUUUCUAUAUUUUCCCCACAAGCACAAAUUGUUGAGUAAGGAGAUUUUCAAAAGCCAGAAAUUGCUAUGAAGAAAACCAAAGCUGGAAUCCAGUGCUAGGGGAGGCUGCAUCUGGCAGAACAAAGUUUGGAAAGAGAUUCUGCUUUCAAUGGGAUCCUGUGUUUCCCCACUAUACAGCAUAUGUCAUCUGUAAAAACAACGCUUUCAUGGAUGAGAUACAAUCACUGCUAAAAUCAACCUCAAAAUCAGGAAGCACCUACACAACGCUCUCAGCCAGUUCCUGGUUUUCUUACCUGUUUGUUGAGGAGGAGAAAGCCAUGAAAACAGAGAAUUCCUAAUUUCAUCAUUUUAAGACAAUGCAUCUCAGAUACAAUACUACCAAGAAAUUGACGGUGAGAAAGUGGGAAUUUUAAAGUGUAACCCUUUUUCUGUAGGCUUAGAUUGCUGCCAGAAACUGAAAAUGUGAUUCAUAUGACUGCUCCCUCUCUACCCCGUUUAAAUUGUGUAACAUCUGAGGGGUUAGUAAGCUGCAAUCUGUUGGGUGUUUUUUUCCCCUUUGAGAGUUCGACAGUCUCAUACUGUAAAAAGCAAAAUUGGGAAAGUUCUAUUUCUGUAUAUUAGGAAAAAGAAAUCUGUUUGAAAUUCCAAACCUCCAGAUUGUUAAGUGAUAAAAGGGUUUAAAUCCAUCAUUAGUUUUAGCACGUGAUGGUGUGAUAAUAAGGUCUUUCAUGCUGAUAUUUUCUCAUUUUCAUCAAAAUCAUCAUGAUUUGAGUUGAACUGAACCUGGGAAUGCUGCAGUGAAGCUCAGCUCCCAUGGCCCUGUUAGAGGCAGUUGCAUCAGUUCAGUAAUGUCUCUCGUCUUACAAUUGGUGUGCUGGUAUAUAAAUGAACAGGAGAAACUUCACCACUGACUGUUCAAAGAAAUUUGCUCGAGUCUAGCCCAUAAAUUAAAGUUUUAAACUUGAGUGCAACCAUUUGAUCAAUCACUGAAAAUCUUCCUCAUGGUUUCUUCUGCACUGAUAUGAAGCACUGCCAAACGUGGCAUUUUGGUCUUGUCCACAUCACAGAGCAAUUGCCCCUGUACUCUGGGAUCAGCUUAUACAUCCAGCUCCCCACUGAGAGAAAUGCAUUUACCUGGGUCAUGCUCUUACUGAAGCCACAGGUGCUGGACAUUGGCAGGUUAUGGCUUUUAAGCGUCUCUUCUGACCUGUUAAUACAAAAUCACAGUCUUACUUUCUAAAGCUUUUCAGAUUUUUCAGGGAGCAGCUCAGUUUUCCCUGUUUGUUUUGCUGUGGAAGAAAAAAAUCCAAAGUUUUGUUAAUUUUGAGUAGCCCAAGUCCCGUUAUUAGAUUAUGCAGUGUGUAGGUUGAAUGUCAACUUUGAUUUCGGCAUCUGUCGGCUGUGUUUAGGGGAGCUGGAACACAUCAAAACUUGGCUGAUGUUGACAGGCAAAACAGUAGACUGAAAUUUCAGGCUAUCUAGAAACCACACCCAGACCCCAAAACACAUGUUAGAAGUAACUUUAAUUCUCUGCUUCAGCUGAACAAGUAACCUUUUUCUGUGGUCACUUGUGAUUCUGUGUUAAACGUGUGCGUAUUUCUGGUGUGGAACGUGUAUCAGUUUAUCACCUUUGUGCAUAAUGUUUUUAUUUCUGAGGAUACCCUCUGUUAUGAGUGCUUUUGAAUGCCCUCCUCAUCCAUGGCUUUGUGUGGGCCAUGUAGCCCCAGACUAUUAGAUCCCAUUAGAUCCUUUUUUUAUUACUAUAAACAGUAUCCUUGCAGCAGUGCCAAGACUCCUAUUGUGUUAGGUGCUAAAUAAGGAGAGAACAAAAGGAUCGCUCUUGCUUUAGAGGGUUUAUAAUCUAAUUUCCUGGACUUAGGUUUCCAACAGUGAGUUGCAGGGACAUACUGGGAUUCCCAGCUGUGUCCAGCAGUUAGAACCUAUUGCAGUUGUUUAUAUCUUUAUGCGCCUAAAUGCCUUGGUGCCUCUGGCAUGAAUUUCUGAACCCACGGAGGCGAUCUUGAUGAGGAGGAGGGCAAACAAUGAGCUUACACAGGAGAGCAGCUGUCUCCCGUGGGAGCUGGGGUCCGGGAGUGCUCCAUGGCAGUGGGAGACUGAAAGGCCACUCUCAGCAUCCCGCCAGCUCCCUGCCAAGAGUGGGUUAUUCCCUGCUGUACUAAAGCUUUAUUCAAUCCCUCAAAAUCCUGCCAAGCAAGUGGACUUGUGCUGCCUACUAGAUUGUGCCUCAAGAAGUUCACACUGGUAUACAAGGCACAUUUUUUUUCACUCUUCAUUCACUCCCAACAGAACCUCUUUAUUUGUUGUAAGGAAUUCCUUCCCUUCCUUGGUGUUUAUGCUUUGUGAAUAUUUAUAGGCUGUUAUCAUGUACAUCUCCCUCCCCAGUUGUCACUCAGCCAGGCUGCAUGUGCUCUGCUCUUUUAAUUCUUGCUUCGUAACUCAAUCUCUCCCACCCCCUAAUCAUUUUCUGUUGUUCUACUCUCAGCUCCCGCCAGUUCAGUUGCUCAUUUUGCUUGGGGGGGGAAUGCUAUAUUUAUGUUAAUAUUAUGUGGUGGGUGGUCCUCUCUGUGCUUAUGGUCCACGUGAGUGAUUUAGAUGUUUAAAAUGAGGUUGGCAUUUUAUAGCCAAACCAUUGCCUGAUUACCAGUUCCACUCUUCAAAGCACUCUGGGAGAAAAUAUGCUUAGCCAUCACUAUUAAAAGCAGCCACAAUAGCCACUGGUAAAGUGUCUGUGCAGGGGUUGGAGGGUAUUGACAAAACUCCAUGGAUGUGCCAUAGAUUCAAAAUUAUGGUAUGCCAUUACUUUCAAAACCAUGCACUGUAUUCUCUAAUGAGUUUCCGUCUCGUCUAACUUAAGGAAGAUAGAUGUCCUAUUUCCCAUUUGGUUAGAGCAUGAAUUCUGGUUAGAAUUUAACUGAGUCACGGUUUUACCCCUGGGGUAUUGUUCAGUAUGGGGCUGAGCUGGUUUGCUUUUGUUUCUCCAGCUGCUCUCACCCAUCUCUCACCGUCCAGGUGUCUCACUGGGAUCUCAUUCAUGUCACCAAAACCAAAUUGAAGUUCUCAUUUAUGUUCAAGGAUGAAAAAGUUCAAGCAUUUCCUUUCAUCCUUCAGUGUCUUUCGCCUUUUCCUUCCACAUUUCUCUGUGCCAGACACUGGUGGCAGUACUGCUCAGGUUUUAAUACAGGUCACAGUGUGUUCAUGCUGCCUGAACGAAUAUGCUUUUUUGGUGACUUACCGAAGCCAAAAAAGAAGGCACGUAGCAGUUAUCCCAUCAGUUCACACCUCUGCUUAUUAACCCUCAGUGCUCUGGCUGUUGGUUCCUGUGGCUCAGGCUGGCACAGUGCUGGUGGCAGGCAGGCUCCUGGCUGUGUGCAGACUGCUGCCCAUGGGGGCCAUGCAGUGCUUCUCAGCUGUUUUUGACUAAGUCUUUUGACACUGGCUGGUCUAGGGGAGGGAGAGCAUGAGUGUCCUCUUCCUGGGGCUGCCUGAUGCUGUCUGAGCAAUGGGAGGAAGGAGGGAGAAGUGGCACGGGGCGGCAGGGCCUGUGCCUGUCAGGGCGGCGAUGCAUGGCAGGAAGGGCCCUGCUGGAACUGAAAAGCGUGGCGUCGUGAUCGACAUUAACUGUAGGAGAUCUCUUGGGAAUGUGUACUCACAUCUGCAGCCAGAGCUUUUAUUUCUCUUACUGCCACCGUCCUCUGUGCCAACUGCAGUGUGCCUUGCUUUGUUCGCUCCAUGUGGGGAGAGAACGGGACAUACCCCGUUUCUCCUUUGUAUUCCUAUAUUCUUUCAGUAGACUAUUCAUGCCAGUUUAUUGGGAAGGGCACUUUCUGAAUAAGGUCGUGACGCUGUGUUGUUACAGUCAUGGGAUCUUUCCUAUUUAUGACUCCAAUGAAAGUGGGAUCGAGCCAUGCAAUCCUAUUUACAGUGUCAGGUCUGGUUUUCUUCAGCGUAAACAGGCAGAGAGAGCAGUUUUAAGAGCCUUUUUAUUUAAAUGUAGUUUAUACUGAAGAAGAUCUUUGACAUGCAGGAGAGAAUAUCUUCUCCCUUCUCCCUUUCCCUCCUACAAAUUCCAUCUGUCUUGUCAUCUACGCCUGGACAUGACACUUACAGGAGAAAUAAAUGAUUCCAUGGGUCCAAGAACAAAAUAUUUACUUCUCUAGUGCCUUAAAAACCUCUAGACAGCUCACCACAAGUGCUCCACUAUUUUAAUUGCGGACUUGAGACAGAUCAGACAAUGAUCACAGCCACAGAAGACAGGCUAAAGCCAUACAAUACAGUGUCUGAACUUGUUUUUCAGUAUGCUUGAAGUUAUGUGGUGAAUUUAUGUUUCAAAAAGUUCUUCUCCAAAACCCUGAGCUGCCUGGGACUUUUGAGUGAGCUGAGUUCCCUCCUAGGAUCUGCAGAAUGUCGUAUGUGGUCAUGCUCUGUACGGCACAAGGGGAUGCUCCGCAGUGAUGGCGAACGUAUCGAAUACAUUUAUUGUGCCACUCUUCAAAGAAUACAAAGAAACAUCUAGUGAAUUCAAAACAUUUUGCAAGUAGCACAGACUGAGCAUCAGCUCUAUAUAUGCCCAGUUUACUGAAAAAUAAGGGAUGAAUAAUAGAAAUACUUUUCCAGAAGCCAAACAGAACUCCAGUGAAAGCACUGGCAUCAUCCCUCAACCACUUGACCACAUUCUGGCUUCAGUUCAGGGAGGCAUUACUAAUCAGGAAGAAUGCUCAUGAACUGGCUUAAUUUGGAGCUCAUGCUUAAGUUUCACUGAAACCAAUUAGACUUAAGCAUGUGCUUAAGUCCUGUCCAAAACUGGGUUCAGCUUGAAUGUAAGCAAAAUGCAAAGUUGUGCAGUGAUACACUGUUCCACCCCCAGUGGGUUAUAUUUAAGUUUUAUAACUUUAUAAUAUCAUAAAAUAAAAAAUAUCUCUUCCCACAGAGUUGUUCUCUUGGGAAUGCCUUAUUCUGAGUGAAUAAAAAGCACCACUGACUUAAUCUCCACACAAUUGCAAAAGAAAUUGAUUUGCUCAAUACAGACAUCUUUGCUUUUGAAAGAAUGCUUAUUUUUUUAGUGGCUACCCCAAAAUCCAUUCUGCAUGCUCUCAGGAGAGAAAAAUGCUAAGGAAACACUGUUUUGCUCUGUUACUGAAGUCUGUGUGGAUAAGUACAAUUUACUUAAGCAGAAUAUAUUGAUAAGUUUCUUAUCACCCAUUUCAUUCCAGUCUGAACAUUCCUCAGAAAAUAUCAAAGGUUUUAGGUCAUCUCUGAAUGAAGAAAUGUGUAAUGCUGCAUGACUUCAGGCACUGAUCUUAUCCCUGUGAAUGGGUGACUAACUGAAACAUUAAAUUUAUAACUGGAAAUAAUACAUUCUGGCCAUAGGAGGCAAUAACAGAACAGAUUAAGCAAUCUAGCUCUGGAGAAGAGUUCAUCUUCAGUAACUAAUUUGGUGCAAACUCAAAUGUAUGCAUUUUCUCCUCCAUUUAUAAAGGAACAGAUGUGUGACUCAACUUUGCUUUUUUCCAAAGUCAAUCUGCAUGGAGAAACACAAACAAGGUUUGUUUCCAACAGAGCAUAUUGCAGUAUUUCUCUCCUGGAUGGUAUUUUUUUCCUUCAAAAUGCAGAAAUGGAUCUGAAUCUGCAGCAUAGAGUACUUCUGUAGCACAGCUCCUGUGGCAGGUUCUCAUUUCAGGCUUGGCCAUUGCCUAGGAAUCUUUCGUCCUAAUUUUACCAAGAAUUUACUUUGCGUAGGAAUUUCCAGUUCUGCCGUUCUAUCAUUUGAUGCUGUGGGUCUGAUUUUUUUUCUAAAAGUUGCUUACACAAAUGGGUGUAUGGAAUAGCUGAUUAGUACUUGCUACUGCAGUCGUCUCAAGACUUGGUCCAGUUUCUGCUGGUUCCAGGGAUCAGCCUGACGUUCCUAAUUGCCUGAGUACUUGUGCAGCCCUCUUGCCUGGAGACCUUGGGCCAGUGCUUUGGAUGCAGCACGCACCAGAAAGCUGGAAAAAGAUCCUGUUUUGUCUAGCUGCUGCACUGAGGAGCUCUCUGGAAACGCUUGUGGUUAAUCAAUACAGACAGACAGGAUAAAGAGAGAGUGGAAGAGAUCACAGUUGGAGAUUUUUUUUUAGAUUUUCCUAUGAAUGAGUAUUUUUGUCUUGAAGAUGAAUUGUCAUUAAUUCCCCCCCUUCCCCCCCUUGCCCAAGAACUCUAUAAAGCAGUCAGCUUGUGUCUCUCUUAAGAUGGAGAGAGGAGCUGCUCUGACGUGUGUCCCCAGGGGCUGAGUAACAGAGUGACACAUGAGUGACAGCCACUUUAUGCUGCUCUUGGAAUCAAAAUGUGCCUUAACUACAGAUUUUAGGUUUUCAACUGAACUUUUCCAAGUUGAAACACUGGAUCUGGUGGGGCUGGGCUGGAGUAUUUGAGAGAGAAAAGCAGCCACAAAAUUUGGAUACAAUCCAGUAGCUUUUGGUUUGAGGAUGCAUUCAGCUUGGAGUCUUGUAUACAGUCAAGUAAGAUAAAAUCCCAAGGAAUUCCCAUCAUGUCAAAUAUUUACAUUCUGGAGGUUUUUUAUUUUUACUUUUUCUCUCUCACUUUUUUUUUUCUCCUUUUUUUUUUUUUUCCCCAUGGAGUUUGAUCCUGAUUAUAAAAAUUCCCUUUCCUAUUGAAUGUGUCAAAAUCUUGUGAUCCUGUUGCCACAGUGUCUGUGCUCUCAAAUAAUGCAGACUUUUAGUGUCUCUGCCAAAAGCAGCAAUAAGGGUUCAGUCAAACACUGAGGCUUCUGCCGCAAUAAACACACACACAGCAGUUAGCAAGUUCAGCACGGGGCUGUAUUCACUGCUGUUAUUUCGGUACAACUACAGACUGCACCAACACCUCCAGAGCCCUUCUGUGGUUGUAAGCAAGAGCAAAUUUGGCCCGCGUGAUCUGUUACCUCUAACCCAAAUAUAGCUAUUUGUGUAGUUUACAGUUUGCUCUAGGAUAAUUAUUUCGUGUGUUUGAAAUGUAAUUCAAUCUGGACUGUCCUUUAACUGAAAGAUCUCCAAAAGCUCUGCCAGCAGUUAGGCCUGGUGCUGGGGCGGGCAGCUGGAGCUCGGCGUAUUCUGCAGCUGGGUGAGAAAGCAGCAGGAGUGGGGCUCCUCAGAGCAGAGCUCUGGCAGCAGUGGGUGAGAGCACAGAACCAAGCGGUGCUAUCUGAUGGGUAUCCACGGAGGUACCAGGCUGCAAUCUUGACCAGUAGCCAGGGUUUGUCAUUCAGGUUUGUCUUGUUUUCACGUGAGGGCUCGCAGGAACUGAUUUAUAGGAAGCACAAUGCAAUGCAAGCAGUUGAGAAGGAGCAGGCUAUCCCUGCUCGCCCUGUCAGGCCCUUCACAGAUGAUUAAAACAGAACAAUUGCGAGUCUGCUCCAGAAAGACCCCUCAGCACCAAUAAUGUGUCCUUCCAGCCGGUUCCUGCACUGCAGCGCGUGGUGAGGUAACAGAGCAUCCGCGGCGCUUUCGGUGCCUUGGGGUUGGUCGGCUGCUUCUGUUACUGCUCCCCUGCCCAGCUGGCGCUACAGUGCGCCGUGUGGUUAUUCCCUGUGGUCGUUCCAGGGUCUGUGUAUUAACAUCUGCACACGUUUUGAAGGCGCUGUUCCCGUGAUGUGUAAAACUUCGCUCUGUAGAGAAGUGACUCUGAAUUUGUGCAUCACACUCAGCCUGAAGUUCCACGCCCGGGACGGGCAGUGUGGGGCAGAAACAGCGGUGGGGAUGUGGGAGCUUCGCUGGGCCCUCGUUUCAGGUUGCUGCAAAGAGGCAAAUCCCGCCUGCCUUCCUGAGGCACUCAGCAGGAGGGCAGCGGGAGUUUGCCUACGAGUGAAUAACACACAGGAAUACCCAUAUAUAUGUAUGUGCGUGCAGGCAAAGGUCUUCAGCAUUUAACCGCGUGCUCACACAUUCCCAUAGCCAAUAACAUCCGUUGUUAUGGGAAAUGAGGUAAGUGACAGAAGUGCUGUCCUUAUGGCGGGCGACAGGCGGGCCGCCGUUCCCAUGCCGUAAUUCCCGCUUCGGUCACUGCUGCCGCAAUGGCUUCGGAGAGCGCGAACAAAGGAGGGCCGCCGUGCCGACGGUCCGACCGAUGGCUGCGGGUACUGGAGCUGGGAGCCGGCAACAGCGCGGGCUCUGCGCGGGGCCCCGCGUAUGUGUGUGUGUGUGCGUGUGUAUACGUGUGUGUGCGCGGGCGCAGCCUCGCGGCGCUGACCGUCUCCGCACCUUCUCUCCCCCGCCCCGCGCAGUGUACGCGGCCGCGGAGCGCUCGCUGCGCUGGGAGCCGCGGUGCCGGCAGCAGCUCCGCCACCUGCAGGACGGCGCCAGGAUCGCGGCGCGGCUCCCGCCCCGCCUGGAGGGACAGUGGGUCUCCACCGGGUGUGAGGUGCGGCCGGGGCCGGAGUUCCUCACGCGCUCCUACCUUUUCUACGCCAACCGCCUCUUCAAGGCCUUCCAGUUCUACUACUGGGACCCCUCCUGCCGUGAGCCCUCCUACUCGCUGGUCAUCAAGGGCAAGCUGCGGCUGCGCCAGGCCUCCUGGAUCACCCGUGGGGCCACGGAGGCCGACUACCACCUGCACAAGGUCGGCAUUGUUUUCCACAGCCAGAAGGCCAUGCGGGAGGUGGCCUCCCGCAUCAACCAAAGCUCGGGUGAGGGCUGCAGUGGGUUCCUGCCCCCGGGCCGUGCCUGGGCCCCCAGAGCCCUCUAUGAACUGCUGAGUGCCAAAACCGAGCGUGACUGCACCGCGGCCCUGGGCUUUGCCAUGCACGAGCUGAGCCUGGUGCGGGUGGAGAGGCACCACCAGCCCCUGCCAGGGCUGCAGCAGAGUGGCAGCAGCCUGGUGGAAGAGCUGUACCUGGGAGACAUCCAUACGGACUGGCUGGAGCGGCUGCACUACCGCCCAACGGGCUACCAGCGUCCGCUGCAGAGUGUCGUGCACCACAUGCAUCCCUGCCCAGCCUGCGGGGUUAUCUACAGAGCUGAUGAGCACCACCCGCCCAUCCUGCCUGCCCGGGCCGAGCUGCCGGUGCAGCUGAGCGGCAGCUGGGUGAGCACCCGCUGCGAGGUGCGCCCUGCCGUGCUCUUCCUCACUCGGUACUUCAUCUUCCAUGGCAGCAACCACACCUGGCAGGGCUACUACUACCACUACUCUGACCCGCUCUGCAAGCAGCCCACUUUCACCAUUUACGCAUCUGGGCGUUACACCCAGGGCAUCCCCUCCUCCAAGGUGAGAGGGGGCAUGGAGCUGGCUUUCAAAGUCACACAAGCACGGGUGACGCCCAUGGAUCAGGUGACGGUGAUGAUGCUGAACUCCUCCGAACCGGGGAGCUGCGGGCUGGCAAGCUCCUGGAGCGCCGGCGUGGAGCAGGAUAUAACACCAACCAAUGGCUGCUUGGCUUUGGGCAUCAGGCUGCCCCACACGGAGUACGAGCUCUUCAGAACGGAGCACGACCCCAAGGAGCGCAGCCUGCUGUACAUUGGUGAGAGGCCCACGGAUGGAUCCAGCCCUGACCGCCCCGACAAACGGCCCACAUCCUACCAGGCGCCCCUGGUUCAGUGCGCAGCUGCGUCAGAGGAGUUCCCUAAUUACUACAGUCUGAAAUAUGUGGGGAAAGAGGGUGCUAAUGGCAGUGAAGAACUAAAACCUUUGCCUGUGGCCCUCCUACUGUUGAUAGCACUGCAGUUGUUAAGAUGGGACUAGCUCUCUAUUCAGGUAAAGCACAGAACCCGGAUAGUCUUGGUGCUAACAUGAUUUUUCCAACUUCCAACUGAGCACAUCUGGAAGCAGUUUUACUGAGACUUGGAAACACUUCAAAAGAAAAAAAAAAAGGCAAAAAAACAAAGAACAGUGAAUGAAGCCAAGAAGAUGUGCCUGACCACGUACUGCCUGUCCAAUGGCUUCAUUGCCUCAUCUCCCCUCAUCUUUGCAUACCAAUGUAAUGUAGUGACAUGGAUGCAUUGCACAUUGCAAUAAGUACUUCAGUAGUAUGAGGGGAAAAAGAGCAACAUCAAUUGCAACUGAUGCUUUGAGCUUUUGGCACUGCUAAGACUUAAUCAAGGGCUUAGUUCAGAUGUAAUUCAAACAUCCACAGUGGCAGCUGCUGAGUUUUUUUGAGGUUAAGCUCCCUCCACCAUAGUCCUUAUUGCUGUUCGUGCAAAUUUGAUCUGCAGUAUCCAUCAGCACCAGAUAUGGUGUCAGCAUGUGCUCUCACCAAGGACACAGCUAAUCAUGCCUCUCAGUUGAUGGACGUUUUCUGCAGUUUUCACAUGUACAUACAUGUGGAGAUGCAGAGCAGCAACCCCAGAGCAUCAUCUGACAGACUGCUAUGCCUGACUCUGGUCAUAAGAAAAGAUACAGUAAAUAGAAAAGGCUCCUGUGCAUAGGGGUGCCAACUCCCAGCAUUCUGUAGCUGUAGACACUGCAUCCCUGCUGCACUGUUUUGGCACUGCCAAUUGCAGCUCCCACUCACAGGCAGUGAGCAAAGCAGAACAUCACUCAGGUCUUCUCAGGCCGUAUAUUUUCACUGUGUCCUCUUCUAAGUGCAUUGGCUGUUAGUCCAGCUGUCAUGUCAAUUGGACUGUCACUGCCAGCCCCGGUCACACGAAGAUGGUUUAUGAAUCUGCCUGCAGCGAACAAUGCACUGAGGAGACGACUCUGAGCAGCACUGUCAGACUGUCCAGAGCUCUGCUGGCAAGAAGGACAAAGUAAGAAAUUACAUUCCCUUUGCUGCAGCGAAGAAGCAUGUAACUUAGCUGGGGAAGACCUCUUCCCAGUAGCUAAAUCCCCUCCAAAUAAGCCUAUAUAUCUUACAAAGGAUAUUUUUGUUAAACCAUCUAUGCAAUAGCUACCUUCUUAAUGCUGUUCUUACAAACUUGCAGCUUGUACUUAAAUAAUUUAUGGGUUUUAUAGCAUCAAAAUGCUUUUUUUGGGGAAAUGUACAUUAAUAAUUCAGAUGAGAUGCUUAUUAAAUGCAUACAAUUGUGACAUAAA